AUGAGGAUAAACAAAAAAGACGAAAUCGUGAACGUCUUGUUCACCGUAUUCCUGUUGGCCACUCAGCAGAUCUGCCUUCUCUACGCAAUCCUGAGCAGCGCGAAAAGCAACAACCUCUACUUGCUGUUCCUCAUCGUGGAUGUCUUCCUAUGCGUGUACAUUGUGCUGAGCCUUUACGAUGAAAACAACGCAGGGGUGAAAAUAUCCAUCCAGUGGAUGAUGUACAUGAUUACUUUGAGUUCAAAAAUGGCCAUAUUCUCUUUUCUCAUCAAAAAUGAAAAAAAAUACAGCCACCAAAAUGGUGACCAAAAUGGCCUUUUUUUCACAUAUCUAUCCAAUGAUGUGUUGGUCUACAACUUGAUCUAUUUGACUCCAUUCAUUUAUCUCCUGUUCUCUCUCAGAAGUAGAAACAUUUUGGAGAAUAUCCUGAACAACAAAAUAGUCGUAGAAAACAUCCUCAGUAUUGACGUCAACAUAAUAAACCUCUUCGAUCUGAUUGACUUGAUUUUCAUGUAUUCUCAUUUGACAAACCUGUACAAAAUAUUCGAUCAUAUGAAGAUGUAUCGCUUCCAAAAUGUACUUAUAAUGCUUCUUCUCGUUUUGGUGGAUAUUUCUCUCUUCGGAUUUUACUUCCCUAUUUAUACUAAUAUAGACAAGUCGUACUCUUACACACAGGAGUCGGUGGGGAUGCUCAAGGGGGACAGGCCUCCUCCUGAGGAAGGAGGGGGCCGAUUGAGGGACAAAGGUACCAAACGAGAUGGAAAGAAAACGAAGCAUAGCAGAAUCGUGAAACAGAAGAAGCGUAUUUACCAAAGUGACUCAUAUGGAAAGUACGAAACGGCGGAGAGGAAGAAGGAUAAUUUGUUUUACGCCACCAAUGGGGGAAGUGGUAGCAUCGCAAAUGGGAGAAGUGGAAGCAUCGCAAUGGGGAGGAGUGGUAGCAUCGCAAUCGGGAGAAGUGGAAGCACGGGAAUUAGAAGAAGUGGUAGCACAGCAAUUCGGAGAAGUGCUGGGGGUAGAAGCAGCUCGAGUGGACGGAGUACUGCAGGGAGCCUUCUCAGCCGAGGAAACAGUACACAUGAUCAAAGCGGAAGCCACAGCAGUGUUCGCAGUGAGAGAAUAACUACGGUAAUGAAUCCAGCAAAUGUGCGAAAUGGGACGAAUCUAUCCUUUUUGGAUCAGUCCAACGUCAGGUACAUGAAGACAAACACCACUUCUAAGUUGUUAUACUCGGAGAAUGAUACAAACGUGGGGGUGAUGGACAAAAGGAACCACUCCCCUUUGGUUUCGUACAAUUCAAAGGAUUCCACAUACGCCUCAUCCGAUAUGUCUAAGGAGUUACCCUCAAGAGAAUUUUCCUCAUCGUCUUUCUCGACCUUGUCUUUCUCGUCGUCGUCUCUCAAUUCAUCCUAUUUAUCAUCAGAUGGCUCUAACUUUGGCUCUUCUCACUCAGCGUCGUUCACCUCCUCGACGUCCUCCUCGUCGUACCUGCCAUCCUUCCUGUCCUUCUCCUCCAGUGAGAACAAGGCCAAAUCGAAUAAGUCCUACCACCAGAAAUAUAAGGACGUCUACACGGAUGUGUACAUAACGGCCAAGUUUCACUUCAUCGUGGGGUUCCUCCUCAUCGACGUGCCCUUUUUCGUAUACAGACUGCUCUUCUGCCUGAAGCACAAAAUCAUGCUGACACUCAUCGUGAAGAACGUCCUGUUCCUGCUGUUCCGAUCGUACAAGCUAAACGAGUACCGCCUCGUGGAAAAGGAGAAGUACAAGAAUAACAAGAGCAACCUCGAUUUUGACUUCUACAAUCUGUUCAGCGUAGAUUCGAAGACGAGUGGCUACCCAGAGGGGGACGCCACGGUGAGGGAGAAGGGGCGUGAGAAUCGGCAUGGACAGCAACAUGCACAUCGCCAUCCGCAGCGGGGGAGUAGGAUGAAACUCCCAUCAUUCCAAGGAACUCCGUAUGGCCAAGUUCCGGAAGACGGAGCCGAGGCGAAAAGCAAGAGGGACCAACGUUCGCGCAAGGUGAAAAAGGGGAACACCAAAAGGGGAACCAAAAGGGAGAAAACAAAGAGGGACAGAGAAAAAGCCGACAAGUCGUCGAAGAAGAGGAAGAAAAAAAAAAAAAACACCGUCAUGCAGGUGUUCAAGGAAGAAUUUAAGGAGAACAAAAAGAAGCUGCUGUUAGAGAAAGCCGCCCUACAGGAAAUGGGGCUAAACCCAAAUAGCGAAAGGGUCAGUCGGGGAAGUAUCGUCCCCCUCGGAAAGGUCAUAGACAAUGACGGAGAGGAAUACACAGAGAAGGGGAAAGGUGGAGAACCCCAAAGUGGAGGGAAAACAGAGAAGAGCAAAAAAAUUUCAGCAGCGAAAUUCACCUGGAAAGAACGAAGACAAAUGAGGAGUCAAUUUAGAAAGUUCAAAAAUCUGAUUUAUAAAUUAAAGUACAAAAGGAAUAUACCGAUAUAUCAUUUCAAGCUAUGGGAUCAUAUCCGAGCUAUGUGUACUUUAUUUUUCAAACGAUUUGGCAGUUCUAACUUCGUCUAUUUAGAUGAUCAGCUGGUCUUUUCCUACUUCACCAAUCUCCGACUCAUCUUCCUUGUUUUCCUUAACUAUGUAAUGAGAAUCGGGAUCACCAUCUUUUUUAUCUUCCUCUUAUUGAAUAAUCACAUACGAGUCAGUGACCACGAUUUUGUAUAUAUGUACCAAAUGCCGGUAAAACCGUUGGGAUCUCCUGGGGUGGGUCGGGGAGACAGCCUCACUUUCCCAGACAGCUUCGAUGUGACGAAGUACACACAUUUGCAACUCCCAAAAGAACCCAUUCCUAUACAUUAUAUAAACAAAGACAUGGAAGACAACUCGAGACAGUUCUCUAAUCGGACGUAUUUUCCCAAAGGAUAUGUCCAAUUAGAGAUGCCAGAUAAUCUAUUCAAUUCUACAUGGGAGCAUAUUUUUAAGCUGGACAAAAUAUAUAUGUAUGGUUGCCUUGGAUUCUUCUUCCUUUAUUUUGUUCUUCUCUUGGGUACCUCCACCUUUUUCGACAUCCUCUUUGGGGCCAUAGUAAACACGUUGAGUCACUUAUCUUUUUAUUUUUCUCUAAAACAGUUUGUUCUAUUCUUUUUUACCUUCCAUGGGAAUCUGUACAAUGGCGAUUAUAUUUUUCACUCUGGCCAAAUUCGCAAGCUCAACUACAAGUUCGAAUAUCUGAUGCUGCUGCUUCUAAACUUGCAGCAGUUCGCGUCCCUCUGCAAGCACGCUUCUCUCUUCCUACGCGUGUUGUUAAACUGUAGGUACGUCUACUACCGGAGGAGCCUGAGCCGAGCGCGCAACGGCAGGCGCAACCAGCUGAGGCACUCCGUGAGCGUCUACCUCCUCUUCCUCCUAUGCAAGUAUGCCUACGCACCGGUCAACCUCAACACCCUUCUAUUCGGAAAAAACAUCCUGAACAAUAUUCUCCUCAUAGACAACAUAAAUGGCUUCACAUGGGUGAAUAUCAUAGUCCUUACUCUCUUCAAAGGGACGCAGAUUCUCUUGACCAAGACGAAUUAUUUCAUAAUUGGACUCUUCAUUCUACACAUCCUUCUGUACGUCAUUUAUGCCAUCCAUGCACAGAUACUCAGAUAUAUAAUCCUUCGCAAAAUGGAGAUUCUCUUUUCCUUUAAGAAUAUCCUCAUCUCUAAAUAUGAGGAGACCCCCCUCGUCCCGGACAGGACUUCUCCCUACGUCACCUGCAGGGACAUCCUCAAGUACUACUCUGAGGAGGGCUUCUUCUCUUCCGAGGGCAACAUGAUACCCAAUUUUAUAUGA